UACCGUUGGAUCUGAAGGACCGAAAUAUCCAACAAACAUCUGAAUAACACAGAAACAGUCAGGAAAGGGGCAAACGACAUUCGACGGAAUGAUGUGUCAAGGGACUGCUUCGCCGAUGCGCCAUCGGCUUACAUUCAACAGACACAUACGUACAUGCAUACAUACAUACACACACAUGCGUACCUACAUACAUGCAUAUACACAUGCAGAGGUUAUGUACAUUUUAACAACACAUCGUUAUCGUCAACAUCGAUGCCUGCCACAACUAGCCAGCACUUGCAAACUGAGUGAAUACAAAAGCAAGUAA